AUUUCUUAAAAAAGCCGAAAAAAGAGUGGAAAGGCAAAGGAAGUGGACGAUUCUGAGAUCUGAGACGUGUUUAUGCUCGAAAUCGAUCCGAUAGAAGUAGAUCACUGCGAGCGAGAGAGCGAGAGAGCGAGAGAAGGAAGUAGGUAGGGAGCUAUCGGCGGAGAUGAGGAAGAAGCUCGGCACUCGGUUCCCCGCCUCACGAAUAAAGAAGAUAAUGCAAGCAGACGAAGAUGUUGGCAAGAUUGCAUUACCUGUUCCCGUUUUAGUUUCAAAAGCCCUCGAGUUAUUUCUUCAAGACCUAUGUGAUAGGGCAUAUGAAGUUACCAUCCAGAAAGGCGCAAAAACAUUAAAUUCUUUGCACCUAAAACAAUGUGUGACGACGAAUAGUGCAUUUGAUUUCUUAACUGAUGUUGUCAACAAAGUACCAAACCUUGGUGGCACCGAAUCUUUUGCUGAUGAGAAAGGAAUAUCACGGAGAAGAAAAGCUUUAGUGCAUGAUGGUGAGAUAUUGACAGAAGAUUUAAGAUCUGCGAAGGCGGCAAUGAGAAGCAUCAAUAUGAGUCCGCGAGGGCGUGCCAGAGGCAGAGGACGAGGCCGAGGACGACCGCCGUUAAAUCGUACAAUCGAGAAAGAAUCAUCCUAUAUGAAAUUCGAGGAAGAAAUUGACUUAUCACCCGAACAUGAUGAUCCUGAUACCCCUGCUGCUGAGACUGAGGUGGCAGAAAAGGAAAAGGAAAACAAGAAUCCAACCGAUUUAAUAAUCACAAACACAGCAGCUUUGGCUCCAACAACAACAGAGGCCAAACAAGAAGGUUAUUCUGCUUGGCCUUUGCCUGAUGUGGUUACUAAUCUUGGGAUAGAGCCUUCAAAUCUUGUAAACCUAAAUAUGCAAAUAGAUGAGGAUGAAGACUAUGAUAAUGAAGAUUGAUGAAAUUUGUGAACUCAGUUUUAUGAUUGUGUUAGCUGAUGAAGGCUAAUGCUGUGUAAUUAUUUUGUGGCAAUGAGGUUUGUAGGAAUAGAAAUUAGCUUAAAAAAACUAUGUAUUUUGUUUUUUAGUUUCUGCUGAUUAUUUUCUUUCUA